CGACUCUUAUUAUUAUUAUAGUUCUUCUUGUGAUUCUCUGCAUUCCCCCCACCCACCAGAGUUAAUUUUAUUUUCAGAAACCCAGAUUCAAAUGGCAACGGAGAGUUCUAAUUCCAACGGAAAGUCUGUGCUUGACUUGGAAGACAAAUCCGGCGUCGCUGGCGGCGUUGAGGAUGUUUACGGUGAGGACAGUGCCACCAUUGAUCAGCUCGUUACGCCCUGGACGGUCUCUGUCGCUAGUGGAUAUAGUUUGUUGCGUGAUCCUCAUUACAACAAGGGACUUGCCUUCACUGAGCAAGAGAGGGAUGCCCAUUACCUUCGAGGCCUACUCCCCCCUUCAAUUUCUUCUCAAGCCCUUCAAGAGAAGAAAUUGAUGCACAAUCUUCGUCAGUAUGACGUUCCACUCCAAAGAUACAUUGCAAUGAUGGAUCUUCAGGAGAGAAAUGAAAGGCUAUUUUACAAACUUCUUAUUGAUAACGUUGAGGAAUUGCUCCCAGUUGUGUACACUCCAACAGUUGGUGAAGCUUGUCAAAAGUAUGGAAGUAUUUUCAGGCGUCCACAGGGUCUUUUCAUCAGUUUGAAAGAGAAGGGAAAGAUUCUUGAAGUGCUCAAGAACUGGCCUGAGAAAAGUAUUCAAGUCAUUGUUGUUACUGAUGGUGAGCGUAUAUUGGGUCUUGGGGAUCUUGGCUGCCAGGGAAUGGGUAUUCCUGUAGGAAAACUGUCUCUCUACACAGCUCUUGGAGGUGUUCGUCCUUCAGCGUGUUUACCCAUCACCAUUGAUGUUGGUACCAACAAUGAGAAGUUGUUGAAUGAUGAGUUCUAUAUUGGUCUCAAGCAAAGGAGGGCAACCGGACAGGAAUACGCAGAGCUUCUUGAGGAGUUCAUGUCUGCUGUUAAACAGAAUUAUGGGGAGAAAGUUCUCAUUCAGUUUGAAGACUUUGCCAACCACAAUGCAUUUGAGCUUCUAUCGAAAUACCGUACAAGUCAUCUUGUGUUUAAUGAUGACAUACAGGGAACUGCAUCCGUGGUGCUAGCUGGGCUUGUUUCAGCUUUGAAAUUAACUGGCGGAGCCUUGUCUGACCAUACAUUCUUGUUCCUUGGUGCCGGAGAGGCUGGAACUGGUAUAGCUGAACUCAUCGCUCUUGAAAUAUCAAAGAAGACAAAUAUUCCUGUGGAAGAGACACGCAAGAAGAUUUGGCUUGUGGACUCGAAGGGACUGCUUGUUAGCUCUCGCAAGGAAUCCCUUCAGCAUUUCAAGAAGCCAUGGGCUCAUGAACACGAACCUGUCAAGACUCUUCUGGAGGCUGUCAAGGCAAUUAAGCCGACUGUCCUGAUUGGAACAUCUGGAGUUGGAAAAACAUUUACAAAAGAUGUUAUCGAAGCCAUUGCAUCCUUCAAUAAGAAACCUGUCAUCUUUUCCCUUUCAAACCCAACUUCUCAAUCUGAAUGUACAGCUGAGGAAGCUUAUACAUGGAGCGAGGGCCGUGCAAUCUUUGCCAGUGGAAGUCCGUUUGACCCUGUUGAGUACAAUGGGAAGGUUUACGUGCCAGGCCAGGCAAACAACGCAUAUAUAUUCCCCGGGUUUGGUUUGGGUUUGAUUAUGUCCGGUACAAUUCGUGUGCACGACGAUAUGCUAUUAGCAGCUUCGGAAGCUUUGGCAGCACAAGCGACUGAUGCAAACUAUGAGAAGGGAUUGAUUUACCCGCCAUUCACCAAUAUCAGGGAGAUCUCAGCCCAGAUUGCUGCUAAAGUAGCUGCCAAGGCAUAUGAGCUGGGCCUAGCCUCACGUCUCCCUCGCCCCGAUAAUCUAGUCAAGUUUGCAGAAAGCUGCAUGUACAGCCCAGUGUACCGUUACUACCGUUGAAGAAAAUCCAUCAAGGAUGGUUAAAACCUGCAGAGUUUUAUUACUUAUGUUCCAAUUUCCUGUCUUAAUAGUGUGUGUUUUAAUCUUUGUAUUAUUACUAUUAUUCAGAGUAGUAGUACUAGUUUACUAGUAAGUUUCAUUUUACUAAACUGGGCAUAUGUGUCACGGUUUUUUGCUUUGGCUUAUGUAACAAUAAGAGAGAAAUCCAAUCCUGUAUUUUUUUAUUAAUGAGUAAUGAAAUCCCAAUCAAUUAUUUAA